AUUGUUGCGAAGGCUGAUUUUGUUGUGGUUGGUUUUGUCUGUGUUGCAGAAUGGCAUUGUCUGUGAUAAGAAGAAAAGAAGGUCUAGUUAAACCAGCUGAGGAGACUCCUUUGACCACACUAGACCUAUCAGCAAUCGAUAAAUUAGGUGUCCUAAGAUGCAACGUUAGAACCUUACACGUCUUCAAACACGGUCCUCAAGCAGCAAGGGUCAUAAGAGAGGCUUUGUCCAAAGCACUCGUUCCUUAUUACCCUCUUGCGGGACGUCUCAUAGAACCCAAACCAGGGUGCCUCCAAAUUCAAUGCUCUGCCCAUGGAGUGUGGCUUGUCGAGGCAUCUUCUCAUUCCACCCUUCACUCCCUCAAUUACUUUGACAACCUUCACUCUAUUCCAUAUGAUGAUCUUCUUCCCGAGAGUGAGAGCCAAUGCAUCCAACCCCUCGUGCAAAUGCAGGUGACAGAAUUUGGUUGCGGGGGUUUUGUGAUGGGUCUCAUAUUCUGCCAUAGCAUAUGUGAUGGUCUUGGUGCAGCACAGUUUCUAAAUGCAAUCGGGGAACUAGCUAGGGGACUGGACAAGCCCAGUGUUGAACCGGUUUGGCAAAGGGACUUUUUCCCGUCUCAACAAAUUGCAUUGCCACCAAAUCCAAUACCUCCAAUGGCAGAGUACAAGCUAGAGCAUGCAAACAUAGACAUGCCCAUGGACCAAAUAAAGGGUGUGAAGAGAGAAUUUGAACAAGCCACUGGACGCACUUGCUCGGCCUUCGAGGUGGUGGCCGCAGCGUGUUGGGCCUCGCGAACAAGGGCCAUUCAAUUCCGGCCCAAUACUCAACUGAAGCUGGUGUUCUUUGCGAAUUGCCGAAAUCUGGUGGAGCCUCCUCUGCCCAAUGGCUUCUACGGAAACUGUUUCUUCCCGGUCAGCAUCAGCGCUUCGUGCGAGUCGCUAACAAACGCAUCAAUGGUUGACGUGGUGAAGCUUAUAAAAGAAGCGAAGGGUAAGGUAGGCGCGGAAUUCGGCAAGUACUUGAAGGGUGAGCAGUUGGAGGAGCCGUUUGCGCCUCCACUGACGUACACCACUCUGUUUGUUUCCGAGUGGGGGAGGCUGGGGUUCAACCACGUGGACUACCGGUGGGGCCCACCUGUCCACGUGGUUCCUAUACAAGGAUCCGCUGUUAUACCCGUGGCCAUUGUGGGGUCGCUGCCUCUCCCCAACAAAGGGAUUCGUUUGAUGACGUGGUGCGUGGAGGACCCACAUCGUACUCCUUUCCUUCAUCACAUUCACAUUCACAUGGCAUGCAUGAAUGUGUAAGCACAAGAAUGAAGAUUCUACUGCCUUUGCCUAUUUUAUCAACAACAUCCAGGCUUCCAAAACAUUUCUGCUUUCUUUUGCCUUUUAUUCCCUCAUCUACCGUUUCAAAUAAAUAACUUUGUUGGAAUUUCGAAAUUCUACAUUUCUAUUUAUGUAUUGCAAUUUGGAAGCAUAUCGUCUUUAUCUUUUUUUUUUUUUGUUUGUGGAGGAGGAACCUAGACAUUAGAUCGGAUGGACACCACACUGGACUCCGCCCAGUCAACAUUAUUUUUGGGCCUUAAUUUUUGGGUGAAUUCAUCAAAAGGUUAUAUGUUUUGUUUUUCUUUUUUGAAUAAUAAUAAUAAUAAU